CUAGGUUACUAUUAUGGUAAUAUAUAUGUAUGCACCAAAACCUGCCAAUAACCUCAGUACAGUUCACAUGUUUAAGUAAAAAGCAGAGUUUGCCUGUAAUUUAUGUUUCUGAAUGUGAAUGUUAUAACAUUUAUAUGCAUUGUGUUAGCAGAAGCAGAAAAAGAAAAUGUACCUUUAAGACUCAUUAUAUAGGUAAGCCAAUCAUAGCCAGCCUCACACUGCACAAGAGCCUCAACCAAUCCCAGUCAGCUACACAAUUGAUCUGUGUGGGAGUUCCCCAUGCCAGAUCUUUCUGAAGCCAUUACUCAUCAGACAAAGGGAAGAAACAGAGAGUUCCAGUCAGAGAUAAGUUUUAUGGAAGCAGAGAAGGCCAAAUAGUUCCACCAAUUUCAGACCUAUCCAAGUGCCAAUUUCAGAACAAUUCGAGUGCCAAUUUCAGAACAGAGUACCAGUUACAGACCAAAUCCAAAUGCAAAUACAAAGGUGAAUUGCUUACUGCUGAUAUAAAGCAAAUGCACAGUGCUAUACCAAAGUGCUAUACCUAACUGAGAGUCAAAUACAUCCACCAUCUUAUGUUAUCUGACAAGACUGAACUGUUGAACUGCCUUUUAUGGUUUUAUUCACCACGUGUUUGUACAUGGAAUAUCCGCUGCACAAGCAGCAGUGUUAUAUGAAGAAAGUUGAAGUUAUUAAAGAAGUUAUUUAAAGGUAUUGGUGUGUUUUUUAAACCUACUGCUUCCAUAGAACGGCGCUAGAGGAAUUAAAGAGUAAAAGAAAGUCUGAUUAGACUAAAGGGACAGAGAUUUUAUAAUUCUCUAAUGCCACAGCGCACAAGGCACUGUGUAGUGCUGCGCCUGCCACAGUGGAACUAUAACCUUCUGAGGGCAAAGCAAUAGUGCUCCUCAAUUUGCACAGUAAAGAGCGCAUUAGAGAAGCGGAGUGCCAGCAUAUACCGACAAGCAGCAACUGUUCCCUGAGUGAGCACGCAGAGAUACCUCAGCGGAGCUACCAUACAGGCCAUAGAACGUGGGCAUUAGUCAGACUGCAGCCGACUCUUAAAGUGGCAGAACGGCAAAGGCAAGAUAGUCAGAGAAAGAGCGCCAACCCUCAUGCAAUUCAUAGAGAGAGAAAGAGACGCAUGGUGGGAGGCCAGAGUCCAGAGCUAGAGUGUCCGCACCGCUAUCCACCAACAGACUACGUGUUGAAUCCAGCUAGUUUCCCACAACUAGGCCCAAAGCUUGCAGCAGCGCAUCGCAAGUCAUCGCAGAGCAUCGCAAGUCAUCACAGAGUAUCGCAAGUCAUCACAGAGCAUCACAAGUAUCGCAGAGCAUCGCAAGUCAUCACAGAGCAUCACAAGUCAUCGCAGAGCAUCGCAAGUCAUCGCAGAGCAUCGCAAGUCAUCGCACCAAGGAAAGACAAGUCUCCUUUAAGAUUGACAUUUGUUCCUGCAACCUUCAGAUCACAGUAUCCUGCUCUUCAAAUAAGGUCAGAGCUUUCCCUUUUAUAACUUGUCCUUGCACAUAGGUUUUGCAAGAGACAUCUUUUGUGUUCUGGAAAAACAGACUUUAAAGCAAAAAGGACAGUUUAUAGUAUAUGGACUCUAAAGUAUUUAAAGUGAAUGUCAUUUAUUCCUGCAUCUACUGCCAUUACAUUUAAAGUGAAAGUCAUUUAUUUUUUGCAUUUGUCAGUAUUGCAUUUAAAGUGACAGGUCCUUAUUAUUCAUAUUAAUUAUUAUAGCAUUAAAAAAAAAAAUGGCUGAGCCUAGUAUUACCACUCCACCAUUAGAGGAUGCAAAGAUAGAUAUAGUAGAAGGUGAAGAGCAAGAGAACCUGUCUGAGUUAGAAAGAUCUAAUCUAACAGUAGUCUCGCCCCAAACAAAUAUAGCUCAAACAGGUGAACUAAGACGUUCAUCACGUGACAGAAAACCGACCCAAAAGGUGCUAGAAAAUUUGGAGCAAGAGGCAGCGCUGAAAAGAAAAAGGUUCGCCCGAAUGUAUGAGAGGUGGAAAUUAUACAUUAUAGGCAUUCGGAAAAAGCUAAAACAAGAAAGCAUAAAAGGGAACCUGUGUGAAAUGAUAGUCAGUAGAAGAAUCUCAGUCAGAGCUUAUGGCAGCAUAUGUCAACCUGCGAUCGUCUAUGACACCUCCCCAGGAUAUUGUAAGGAACAUGGACACAUGUACAGCAGUCACUAGGGAUUUAGCAAAGCUCAUGAGAGAACUAUCAUCUGCAGCAAACUAUGAUGAAGUUAACGCUUGAAAGGGAAUGAAUGAGUUUUUCAAGAGAGACUAUGCCAGGUCCUUAGGGGGAACCACAAUCUCAAGUGCGACUUCCUUUGCUAGCAGAAGUACCAGCCAAAUAUCAGAGUCCUCAAAUACUUCAGCCAAAAGAAAGGAAUUAGCUGAACAACUCGCUGCCAAGAGAGCAGAAGUAGAGAUGGAAUCUGCCAUUGAGAUGCAGCGUCUACGGAUAGCCGAAAUGGAUGCACAACGCGAUAAAAUGGAAUCUGAAAUGAAAAGUCUGGAAAGGCAAAAGGAAGUUAAGAUUAUAGAAGCCAGACUCAGAGUACACGAAGAGGAUAUGAAUCAGGGUAGUCAUAGGUCCAAAUCGUUACUAAGUGAAGAAGCCGUUUCCUACUUUCUUUGAUACACCCAGGAGAAUGGAAGGAAAUCUCCAGCAUGUUAUGAAAAAAUAAGUUGUAGUCCUUCCAUCCCUGCUCAGAGAGACAAAGAGAGAGACUUACUUAAUUCAGAACCAAGUGAGAAAAUAGAACCAGAUAACUCUAUCCCCGUAUGUCAUGGCAACGAACAUGAGGAUGUUACAGCUGUUGUCCCAGCGAGACCCCAGAGAAGAUUCCUCACUAGACUUCCUGUUCCGGAACCUACUGUAUUUUCUGGAGACGUACUGAAGUUCAUAGAGUGGAAAGCAAGUUUUGAAAUGAUCAUUAAGCAUCAUUGCUUCCGUCCAGUCGACAAGUUAUUCUACCUUCAGAGAUAUACUGGCGGAGAAGUAAAGAAAGCUCUUGAAGGUAACUUCUAUAGGAAAGAUGAAGAAGCCUACAAGCAAGCCUGGGAAAAAUUAAAUGCAAGAUAUGGUCAUCCCUUCUUAGUACAAAGAGCCUUCAGAGAGAAAUUAAUAAACUGGCCUAAAAUAGGUCCUAAAGAACACUUCAAACUCCAAGAGUAUGGUGACUACCUGCAAGCAUGCAGCAAUGCCAUCCCACAUGUUCAAGGACUAGAAGUACUGAACGACUAUCUAGAAAACCACAGGAUGCUAACCAAGCUACCUGAAGAAGUGGCUUCUAGAUGGAAUCGCUAUGUGACUAAACAGUUAGACCAAGGCAAAAACUUCCCAAGUUUCAAAGAGUUCUCUGUGUUUGUCAAUGAGGAAGCACGGAUAGCAUGUAAUCCAGUAACAGCAUCUUACGUCUUAAAACCCUUAGAAGAAAGGCCUGCAAGAGAGACAAAACGUGCAAGAGCAACUAGCUUUACAACCAACACAGCUACUAAAGGUCCAGAUACCUAUGAGAGCAAGUUCAAAGUCACUACUGGGAUCAGUAAAGGGUUAGAACCGACAAAUCUUCAGACUACCUUCAAGUGUAUGUUCUGUGGAGAGAACCAUUCUAUACAUAAGUGCCAACAAUUGAAGGAAAAGUCUCUAGAUGAAAAGAAGAAGUUUGUACUUGAUAACCAACUGUGUUUUGGAUGUCUAAGAAAAGGCCAUGUUACUAAGGAGUGCAAGAAAAAGGCCACAUGCAGCGUUUGUAGAGGACGCCAUCCUACACCACUACAUGAAGAGCGUCCAAAGAAAGAGAAAUCCUUAAUGCCCAGAGAUACUGAGGAAGAAAAGAAAGUAUCAGUAUUCUCUUGCAGAGUGAGGGAAGGAGAAAUCAAUGGCACGUCAAUGGUUGUACCAGUGUGCAUUUCAAAUCCUAAAAGGAAGAACAAGAAGGUAUACGCCUAUGCACUACUGGAUGCUCAGAGUGAUGUCACCUUCAUUGAUCAAGAAAUCUGCAAGAAAUUACAAGUGGCUACAGAACCAGUGAAACUCAAACUCACCACAAUGACGGGAAGAGACACAUUGGUGAACAGUCAAAGGACUGAGAGUUAGAGGACUUCAUUCAAACUGCAUAUUAGAUCUACCUCCAGCUUAUACAAAAGACGACAUACCUCUAGAUCGAGACCGCAUACCUACCUGUGAAACAGCCAACAAAUGGGAGCACCUAUCUGUCAUAUCCCAUGAAAUGUCCCCGCUGAAGGAGUUGGUGUUGGACUGCUGAUAGGUUACGACUGUCCUGAGGCGUUGGUACCACGAAAGGUAAUCACAGGAGGAAAGGGUGAACCCUACGCAGUUCAAACUGAUCUAGGAUGGGGUGUUGUUGGAGGAAAACAGCAGAUUGCAAACUCAAGACAGAUGACAGGAUUGUGUCAUCGAAUAUCCGUCCUAGAGUUACCAACUGUAAGUCCAGCGAAAGUAAUCAAGAUCCUAGAAUCCGACUUUGCAGACGUAAGUUCUAGUGAAAAGAGUGUAUCCCAAGAGGACAUAAAGUUUGUACACACUCUAGAAGAUAAUAUUCAGCAAAAUCAACAAGGUCAUCUUGAAAUGCCCUUACCCUUUAGAGAACGACCUCAUCUGCCAAACAACAGAGUUCUUGCCCUAGCAAGAUUGAAAGGCUUAAAGAAAAGGAUGGGAAGAAAUCCCAAACUCAAGGAUGAUUAUUUGAAAUUCAUAAAAGACAUCCUCAAAGAAGGACAUGCAGAGAAAGUUGAUAGUCAGCCUAAAGAAGGAGAAGUGUGGUACAUACCACAUCAAGGUGUCUAUCACCCAAAGAAACCAGAUAAGAUCAGAGUAGUUUUUGAUUGCUCAGCAAAGUACAAUGAUGUUGCAUUGAAUGAUCAUCUACUAAAAGGACCAGAUCUUACAAACACUCUGCCUGGAGUACUCUGUAGAUUUAGAAAGUAUCCCGUAGCAGUCAUGUGUGACGUUGAAAAGAUGUUCCACCAGUUUCAUGUGAAGAAGGAAGAUAGAGACUUCCUGAGGUUUCUAUGGUGGGAGGACGGAGAUAUAGAUACAGAGCCAGCGGUAUACAGGAUGAAAGUACACUUGUUUGGAGCAGCAUCAUCUCCAGGUUGCGCCAAUUAUGGUAUGAAAUAUCUGGCCAAACAGAAUGAAAAGGAUUGUCCAUCAGCAUCAAAUUUUCUGAAGAAAAACUUUUAUGUAGAUGAUGGUCUUAUAAGUCUAGAGUCCACAGAAUCUGCAAUUCAGUUGGUGAAAGAAAGCCAAGAGUUAUGCGCAAGGGGAAACCUGCGUCUUCACAAAUUCAUCUCAAACAACAGAGAGGUACUGGAAUCCAUCAGUGACUCUGAACGUGCAUCAACAAUGAAGAAUGUAGAUCUUAACUAUGAUCAUCUUCCAGUUCAGAAUGUACUCGGAUUGGGAUGGAAUGUAGAAGAUGACAAUUUCUUCUUUGAAGUAUCCAUUGAAGAGAAAGUUCCAACUAGAUGUACCAUUCUUUCCACAGUGGCUUCAAUAUAUGAUCCAUUGGGAUUCUUGGCACCAGCAAUUCUCAGAGCAAAAGAAAUGCUGCAAGAAUUAUGCAGACAGAAGUUGGGAUGGGAUGAACCCAUACCUGAAAGCUUGAGGCCAAGGUGGGAGAGUUGGAUAAGAGACUUGCAAAAUUUGAAAAAAGUUCGGAUACCCAGAUGUUUUGUACCUCCUGAUUUCGGAAAGUACAAGAAAAUAGAACUUCAUCGCUUUUCAGAUGCCAGUAGUCAUGGUUAUGGUCAGUGCUCCUAUAUCAGAGUGAUAGGAGAAGAAAAGAUACACUGUGCCCUGGUUAUGGGAAAGGCCAGAGUCGCACCAAACAGUAUUCAGACAAUACCAAGACUUGAACUGACAGCAGCUGUCGUUUCAGCAUCAGUAAGCCAAUUUCUGAAAGAAGAAUUGGAAUUGAAAAUAGAUGAGGAGUAUUUUUGAACAGACUCACAAGUUGUCCUAGGAUACAUAAACAAUGACGCUCGAAGAUUCCACAUCUUUGUCGCCAACAGAGUCCAGAAAAUUCGAGGAACAACAAAUCCAGAACAUUGGCAUUAUAUUGACACAAAGCAUAACCCAGCAGAUCAUGCUUCAAGAGGCCUGAAUGUAACAGAAUUGAAGAAUUCAAACUGGUUCACCGGUCCAGAGUUCCUUUGGGAAAAGGAAAUUAUACCCAGCGAAGGUUAUACAGAACUGUCUAUGGGUGAUCCAGAAGUAAAGGUUGUUCAAACAUUGAGCACUGCCGCCAAGUGUCAAGAUGACAUACUUGAAAGACUAGCCAGAUGUUCAAAGUGGAAUACAGUCAUAAAUGUAGUAGCUCGAAUUCAACGGUUGGCAAAAGGAAUCAGAAAGAAGGAAUCGUUGAAUGUAGAGGAAAGAAUGAAAGCUGAAGAAACAGUCAUAAGACUCAUUCAACAGAGAUUCUACAGUAAAGAAUAGAAGAGACUUAGUCAAGAACCUAAAAGGCUUCCAAACAACCACCCAUUGUACAAGCUUAAUCUUGUUCUGCAGGAUGGUAUACUGAAGGUGGGAGGGAGACUGGAAAAUGCAUCAUUACCUGGCAGAGUUAAGCAUCCAGCAAUUCUACCCAAAAAUUCUACCUUCACAAGAUUGAUUAUUGAUCACUACCACAACAAAUCCUUGCAUCAAGGAAGAAACUUUACCCAAAACUGUUUGAGAGAAGGUGGUUACUGGAUAGUGAAAGGAAGCAAAGUUAUAGCAAAGUACAUAAGUAAAUGUGUAACCUGUAGAAAGACACGUAGACCUACAGAAGAACAAAGAAUGGCUGAUCUACCGGCUGAUCGUGUGAACCCAUCACCACCAUUUCUUUAUAGAGGAAUGGAUUGUUUUGGCCCAUUUAUCACCAAACAGAACCGCAAGGAGUACAAGAGAUAUGGACUAAUAUUUACAUGUCUAAGCUCCAGAGCAAUUCACCUGGAAAUGUUGGAAGAUAUGUCAACUGAUGCAUUCAUCAACGCCUUAAGAUGUUUCAUAGCCAUUAGAGGUACUGUCAGAGAGCUUAGAUCUGACCAAGGAUCUAAUUUUGUUGGAGCAAAGAAUGAAUUGAACAAGGCUCUAAAAGAGAUGGAUAAAGAAAAAGUAACUGAGUACUUGUUAGAGAAACAGUGUGAUUUUCACAUGAAUGCUCCAAAUGCAAGCCAUACAGGAGGAGUUUGGGAGAGGCAAAUCAGAACUGUAAGAAAUGUGCUAAGUGCAGUGUUGAAAAGGAACGCCGGAAGAAUAGAUGAUGCUUCACUUAGGACACUAUUCUAUGAAGUAAUGUCUAUUGUUAACAGUCGUCCACUUACAGUCGACAACAUCAACGACCAAACAAGUUUGGAACCUUUAACUCCCAACCAUCUACUUCACCUUAAACCUGAUUACAUACAGCCACCGCCUGGCAAAUUCACCAAAGAGGAUUUAUACGCCAGAAAAAGAUGGCGAAGAGUUCAAUGUCUAUCAGAACAGUUUUGGAAUAGAUGGAGUAAAGAGUACUUAGCUCAUCUCACACUAAGAAGUAAAUGGCAAACACCCAGAGGAAAUGUCCAAAUUGAUGACAUAGUGUUAGUAAAAGAAGACGACUUACCUAGAAGUCAAUGGAAAUUGGCCAAAGUCCUAGAAGUUCAAAAGGACGAAGACGGACUAGUGAGAAGAGUAUUGUUACAAAUAGGAGACUCAAAACUUGACAAAAAAGGAAAACGUCUCACAAUUCCACUCAAGUUGGAACGUCCAAUUCAAAAGUUAGUUGUUCUGCUUGAGAGUAACAAAAGACACUUGAGAGUUGAGAACCAGAUGGAAAAUUCCUCAAAUCCAUGUUGAAAUCCUACUACUGAGAACAUAGAGUUGUAGGUAAUUUUGGUGGGAGUGUAGCUGGCCAGCUAAGACCUGUCCUAGGUUACUAUUAUGGUAAUAUAUAUGUAUGCACCAAAACCUGCCAAUAACCUCAGUACAGUUCACAUGUUUAAGUAAAAAGCAGAGUUUGCCUGUAAUUUAUGUUUCUGAAUGUGAAUGUUAUAACAUUUAUAUGCAUUGUGUUAGCAGAAGCAGAAAAAGAAAAUGUACCUUUAAGACUCAUUAUAUAGGUAAGCCAAUCAUAGCCAGCCUCACACUGCACAAGAGCCUCAACCAAUCCCAGUCAGCUACACAAUUGAUCUGUGUGGGAGUUCCCCAUGCCAGAUCUUUCUGAAGCCAUUACUCAUCAGACAAAGGGAAGAAACAGAGAGUUCCAGUCAGAGAUAAGUUUUAUGGAAGCAGAGAAGGCCAAAUAGGUAUUUAAUACACUUGUUUAUGUUCCCCUAUUGUUUAAUAGUGUGAGUAGGUCUGUAUAUUGAACCUGUAUAUGUGCUUACUUAUAGUUCCACCAAUUUCAGACCUAUCCAAGUGCCAAUUUCAGAACAAUUCGAGUGCCAAUUUCAGAACAGAGUACCAGUUACAGACCAAAUCCAAAUGCAAAUACAAAGGUGAAUUGCUUACUGCUGAUAUAAAGCAAAUGCACAGUGCUAUACCAAAGUGCUAUACCUAACUGAGAGUCAAAUACAUCCACCAUCUUAUGUUAUCUGACAAGACUGAACUGUUGAACUGCCUUUUAUGGUUUUAUUCACCACGUGUUUGUACAUGGAAUAUCCGCUGCACAAGCAGCAGUGUUAUAUGAAGAAAGUUGAAGUUAUUAAAGAAGUUAUUUAAAGGUAUUGGGGUGUUUUUUAAACCUACUACUUCCAUAGAACGGCGCUAGAGGAAUUAAAGAGUAAAAGAAAGUCUGAUUAGACUAAAGGGACAGAGAUUUUAUAAUUCUUCUAAUGCCACAGCGCACAAGGCACUGUGUAGUGCUGCGCCUGCCACAAAGACCGCAGCGUGAGGGAGACCUCCCGCGGGACAUUAUCCUGCGCUUGCACUACCACCAAACGCAAGUUGCCAUUCUGAAAGCAUCACGGCAAUCCGACCGACUGGAUUACCAAGACCAUAAAUUCCAGAACUACACGGACCUGGCUCCAGUCACCCUACAGAAAUGCAAGGUAUUUGCUCCUAUAAACAAAGCGCUUUAGGAACACCGAAUCAGAUACCGCUGGCUUUUCCCAGUCAAGCUUGCUUUCUCGUUCAACGAUCACCAACACCACAUCCAAUCGUUACAAGCAGGCACAGAGCUCCUUCUUCACCUAGGCCUGAUGGAAAAGACAGGUGCCUCACCCCAUAGGCCAUCCCAAGCCUCUCCAUGAUGAAGUGUAACGCCCAUCUUGAAAAAGGUUGGGGCCUCUCUUCCCAAUCAAACCUGAUUUUUAGCAGGUUUGCUACAUUUUCGCUAUACACAACCACUGUGUUUUAGCCCAUUGAAAUCAUGAUCCAGCUAAGGUAACAUACCUAAAUUUUUUCAUGGGUGGUUGACUCAGACUAUCUGCCUUUCCGGAACAUAAAACACAUUGUAUCUCCCUAAUGGAAGAGCCAUGGGUCUCUUUAAGCCCCUUCCCUGAUGGAAUCGCUUCUACCCCGACUC